UGUGAAACCGGAAGGUGGGAGUGAGUCAUCUGUGUGCAGAGACGAUCUCUGAGCUCCACCAUCUCUGUCAUCGGUCGAUGUUUGAAGCAGCUGCCGGAGCUUUCAGCCAUUUUAUCACCAGCCUCACUCACCUGUGUCCAACCACAGUUCGGUUUAAACCCGGGUCGGGUCUUUAGUCCCGGGACUUGGAUCUGGAUUCAGUGUGAAGUCCAGAGGCUGUCACCCGGGUUAUCCUCCGCCUCUGCCUCCACCUCUCAGCUCCACAUGUGACCGCGGGAUGCCGAGCAGAUAAACCCGACAACACACCGUGAAGCAUGAUGGGAGGUGGCAGAUGGACGAGCCGGUUGUGGGCCGACCAGUGACACACACACACACACACACACGCAUCAUCAUGGACCAAGGCUUCAGUUUAAACACACUGAAGAAACUGGCGGCAGAACCAGACUACACCGACGUGUCACUGACAGCGGCGGAGCGCGUGCGGGCGCUGGGGAAGAUGGGAUGCAGCGUGGAGAUCAACGAGGAUAUCGCACCGCGGCGCUACUUCCGCUCCGGCGUGGAGAUGGAGCGCAUGGCGGCGGUUUACCUGGAGGAGGGCAGUUUGGAGAACGCCUACGUCCUCUACACCAAGUUCAUCACUCUGUUUGUAGAGAAGCUGCCAAGUCACAGAGACUAUCAGCAGUGCAGCGUUCCAGAGAAACAGCUCAUCAUGAAGAAACUUCAGGAAGUGGCGUUUCCUCGUAAAGACGAGUUGAAGAAACGUCUUCAGGAGAAAUACAGCAGGGAACACACCGAGUACCUCAGAGCCCAGAGCCAGGCAGUGGUGGUGGAUGGGUGUGGCCAGCAGCUGCAGCACCUCUCCCUAUUGGAUGAGGACAGGAGGCGGUUCCUGCUGUUGGAGGGAGAGAGGCAGCGUGUUGCCACCCUGCGACGGAUGCAGAUUGAAUCAGAGCAGUUCCGUUACUUCGAGGACCAGCUGAGGCGUCAGGAACUGGCCAAUAGGAGAGGAGAGGAGGCGGAGCAAAAGGUGGAGACCAAAGUGCCUGAGGUGACAGAUGGCUCCUGUCUGUCUCAGCAGCCAAUCAGAGACAGCCUUCGAUCCCAGGGGGCGGAUCCUAACAGAAACAGACUGCCAGCUCCCGUCAGCCAACCGGCCGCUACGCUGGCUGGAGUACACACUCAGAGGGUGGAGGGUCUGAGGCGGGUGGUGAUUCCCAGAGAUCUGACGUAUCGUUUCCUCCUGCUCGCCGACUCCAACACAGCCAGAGGAAUAGAAACCUGUGGAGUCCUCUGUGGACGACUGACGCACAAUGAGUUUGUGCUGACUCACGUCGUGAUCCCAAAACAGUCAGCUGGUCCAGAUUUCUGCGACAUGGAGAACGUGGAGGAACUGUUCAGCUUCCAGGACCAACAGAACCUGCUGACGCUGGGCUGGAUACAUACUCAUCCCACUCAGACGGCGUUCCUCUCCAGCGUCGACCUCCACACUCACUGUUCGUAUCAGCUGAUGCUGCCGGAGGCCAUCGCCAUCGUCUGCGCUCCCAAACACAACGAUACUGGUGUGUUCAGGCUGACUGGUCCCGGGAUGUCGGAGGUUUCUGGCUGCAGACUGAAAGGUUUCCAUCCUCACUCCAAGGAGCCUCCUCUCUUCACUGUGUGUAAACAUGUGGUGGUGAGAGAGUCAAAGAUCAGUCUGCUGGACCUCAGGUGACAGACAGGAGGCGCUGUCCGUCUGUCCAUCUGUUUACUGCCAGGCUUUUAUUUUCUCAAGAGGAAACUGUGAACACCCUACCUGUGUGUGUGAGUGUGUGUGUUGAUGUUUGAAGAGAUUUUAACAUUCGAUGUUCAGUUUUCAGUUUUUGUGGAUUUGUGCUGCUUCUCUGUGGGUUUCUGCUGCGGUCUGACUUGUGAACAGGUCUGACUUGUGAACAGGUCUGACUCGUGAACAUGUCUGACUCGUGGCAGGUGAAGUGACAGAGUGCCUUCUGAUGAAACAUUUUUCCUGUUUCAAAGGGAAACAAAGGAAGUUUUUUUGAUCCAGUGAACCAUGUUUAUUAGAGUCAGUGCUGCGUUCAUGGUCCCAGUGAAAAAUAAUAAUCUACAGUUUGUAACUCCCUUCUAGAAGCAGCAGUGAGUCAUUAACAGGUUUCACCUGUCAGGUGAUGUAGAUGCCUCUGAUUGGUUAGGUUAUACCUACAGACAGAACUCAGGGCUGAAACCUUCCUGCGAACUCUUUCUCCUGCUUAGAAACAAAAAAGAAAAUGAAUCUGUUUUGUCUGUAAAGUCAGUAUUCCUCCUCCCAGGCUAAACUCAGGGCCCAGAUUUUCUCUCUAAGGCUCAGUUGUAACUGGCUGCAAAGAGGUGGAAAAUUUCAGAGGUGGAAAAUUUCCAGAAACUUUCCAUGGGAAGUUAAGCUGUCAGAUUUUGGAAGAAUUCCAACUUGGAAACUUGUGAAUUUACUGGAAUGUUAUUGGAUCAAUGGGAAUAUGAAUGGGAGUGAUGGGAAUUAAGUUUCCAGCCUCUUCAGCUGUAACUGAGCCCAUGGAUCCUUCAGGGUCCAAAUCCACUUUGACUUGUUUAACAGCAGAAACAGCUUCAGGUGCAUGAAAUGCAAUAAACCAAUCAGAGAGCAUCUGCCUUUCCCUUUAAAGACCAGGUGAACCUGCACCUCAGUGGAUGAUGAUCUCUCCUCGCUGCUGUUUAACAUGUUUCUCUGUUUAAUAUUCUCCUCACCCAGCAGGAGGAAAUCAUCCUUCAAAAUAAAAGCCCUGUGACAGAGAUCCUCUGCACUUCAGAGUAAAGUUUCUACAUUUUUACAGAAUUUCUUUAUAUUUCUGUGUCUGUAACAAACAGCUGUGAUGUGCUGCUGUUGCUGUUUGUCGCUGCAGCUGGAUCAGUUUCAGUUUAUAUUUUAAUGUCCAGGUGUGUGUGUGUGUGUGUGUGUGUGUGUGUGUGUUUGAGUCAAACACUGACUGAGCUGCUGUUUUUAAACUAACUGCCAUUUUGUUUUGGUAAUAAAACACAGACUGCUGCUCUCA